CAGGAAUUGUAGUCGGCAUCGAUCCCCAUGACAGACAAGCUGGCUGAGCAGCGCGCUGUUGCGGACGCGUACUUUGCGGCCUCGACUGCGCCAUCAUGGACUGCAGAAGUGAAGGAGGAUCUUGAAGCAUUCCUUGCCUACCAGACAAGCAUCGGUCGCUGUGUUGUCAUCGUCACGUCGGGUGGCACAACGAUUCCACUCGAACGCAACACAGUUCGCUUCAUCGACAAUUUCUCGACGGGGUCUCGUGGCGCGUCUUCCGCCGAGUACUUUGUCAAGCUGGGGUAUGCCGUCGUGUUUCUCCAUCGCCCAGGCUGCGUCAUGCCGUUUGCCCGCCAUUUUCAGAAAUCGAUGGGUCGCGACAUGAACUUCCAGCUCCUCGACCACUUGUCCAUGGCUAAAGACGGACGCAACAUUGAAGUGUCGGCCGACGAUCGCGUGAGUCAAGCGCGGUGUGUGGAUGCACUCAAGAGCUACAAGCAAUCGAAGCAGCUCAACAUUCUACACCCGAUCUCGUUUGUCUCUGUAAACGACUACUUUUACGCUCUCAAACUCGUGGCGAUGGCGGUGGCGCCGUUGAGAGAGCGCGCGAUUUUCUACCUUGCUGCGGCUGUCAGCGAUUUCUACAUUCCAGACAGCGAGCUGGUUGAGCACAAGAUUCAGUCGCAUGCGACCGUCGGCCAGGGGCUCACAUUGCAGCUGCACAAUGUGCCCAAGUUGCUCGGGUUGCUGCGCCACGAAUGGGCUCCCAACGCAUUCUAUGUCUCAUUCAAGCUGGAAACGGAUGAAACGAUCCUCAAGCAAAAGGCAUUGUCGUCGAUUGAAAACUACGGCGUGCAUCUUGUCGUGGCGAAUGAGCUCAAGACUCGGUUCGACCAAGUGUGGCUGAUCACGAAGGACGCCGACGUGCGACUCGUCAAGCCCGACGACGACCUCGACAUUGAGCUGGCUUUGACUAAUGCCGUGUCGGAGAUGCACUACGGCUACUUAGCCAGUCACCACGUCCACUUGCCGUCGUCGCUGCCAACAUCGUCGUCGACCAAGCCGUGGGACGCCGCAUUACGCGCGCUGAACGAAGUGACUGGAGAUCACAAGCAAGAGAUUGUAGCAGUGCUCCUCGGUGGGGCCAUUUCCAUGUUGAUUCACUUGCUCCAAAGGCAAUAUUUGAAGUAAGAUGACACAUUACUUUUUCGUCGG